UUUCUCUUUGCGUUAUGGGUGUCUCUCCAAUUUGAGUAAUACAUAAAGAGGACCAACAAAGAGAGAUUCACCAAGGGGAGGGUGAUUGAUGAGGGAGGUGGGGGGGAGAAAGGCGGGGGCGGCGUCGCCGUGCGCGGCGUGCAAGCUGCUGAGGCGGAGGUGCGCGCAGGACUGCAUUUUCGCGCCGCAUUUCCCCGCCGAGGAGCCGCAGAAGUUUGCCAACGUGCACAAGGUCUUCGGCGCCAGCAAUGUCAGCAAGCUCCUCCAGGAGAUACCGAUGCAGCACCGCGGGGACGCCGUGAGCAGUUUGGUGUACGAGGCCAAUGCGCGCGUCCGCGACCCCAUCUACGGAUGUGUCGGCGCGAUCUCCUCGCUGCAGCAGCAGAUCGAGGCUCUCCAGGCGCAGCUCGCCCUUGCCCAAGCAGAGAUGGUCCACCUCCGCAUGCGCCAAUCCGCCUACCUCGCCCACCACCUACGACGCCCAGCCACUGCCAACAUCGGCAGCAGGAGCACCACCACAGGCUCGUCGUCAAGCCUCUCCUCCCCCAAGCCGUUCUUCACGCUAGAAGGCAUGGCGGUCGACCAAACCGAAUUGGAUUACCCGCCGAUGUGGUCGUGCUAGAUCCAAUUGAUUGAUACACUCCUCAUUCCAAGUUUUAGGGAAGCUCUAGUUAGUAAUUAGAUCAGUGUAGCUGCUACUGAGGUAUGGCUAUAGCAUGGUGACAUGUAUACAAUAUUACUCUAAAAUGAAAAACUUCCAUCUUUUGGAUAGUGGAUAUAUUUAUAUAAUGCAUUGACUCCAUAAA